AGCCCUGACGGAAAAAAAAAACCCUACAGCCAUUGCUGCAACACCUCUCUUCCCGAGCGGUCAGAGCCUCAGAGGCCAAUCCGCCGCCGCCGCCCCCGCCCGCGCCGCCGCAACGCCAUGCUCCAUCUCCGGAAGCUCAUUUCCCCCUUUCUCUCCACAGCCUAUCCCCAGAGUCGCUCCAUCUACUCCCACUUCUCUCGCCACCGCCUGCUCGCCACGACCAGGCCCACCUCACCAAAAACUUUCGCCGUCGAGGACUACCUCGUUACCGCCUGCGGCCUCACCCGACCCAAGGCACGCAAGGCAGCCACGAAGCUCUCCCACCUCAAGUCCCCCUCCAAGAUCGACGCCGUGCUCGCCUUCCUCUCCGCCCUCGGCAUCUCCCGCCCCGGCACCGCCGCCAUCGUCGCCGGCGACCCGCAGCUCCUCUGCGCUGAUGUGGAGAACAACCUGGCGAAGCGCGUCGUCGAGCUCACCGACCUCGGCCUCAAGAAGUCCCAGAUCGCGCGCCUCAUCCCGGUCGCCCGCUCCUCCUUCCGGCACAGCUCCUUGAGCCGCAACCUAGGCUUCUGGCUCCCGGUCUUCGGCUCCUUCGGCAAGCUCGUCCAGGCCCUCAAGGUGAACGGUGGUCUCCUCGGAUCUGACCUCGACAAGGUGGCCAAGCCCAACCUGGCCCUCCUCCAGCAGUGCGGGAUAGAUGUUCGACAAUUCUCCGGCACAUACGUUAGCCGGGUGCUCACCAUGCUCCCCGAGCACGUCCAGAAUGCGGUGUCCUACAUCGAUAAGCUUGGUGUGCCAAGGAAUUCGCGAAUGUUUCGCUAUGCGCUCAUGACCUUCGGCGCUCAGAGCCAGGAGAUACUUGACAAGAAAUUGGUAACCCUGGAGAUGCUUGGUUGGUCACAGGAUGAUGUCUUGAUCGCUGUGAGGAAGAUGCCGGGUAUACUGACCAUGUCUGAGAAAAGGCUGCACACAAAUGCGGAUUUCUUGACAAGGGUUGUUGGGCUGGAGAUACCUUACAUUGCUCAAAGGCCAGUGCUGGUCAUGUACAGCCUUGAGCGGCGGUUGUUGCCCCGGCAUUCCUUGUUAAAUAUUCUCAAUGCAAAGGGAUUGCUUCAUCCUGACCUUGACUUCUAUACUGCGGUUGCGCUGACCGACAAAAGGUUUCUGGACAAGUAUGUGCAUCCUUAUGAGAAGAGUAUUCCAGGCCUCGGUGCGACUUAUGCAUCUUACUGCGCUGGGGAGGUAUUGGACGGAGUUUCUUCCUGAAAAGACAAAAAGGAACAAGAGGCUCUACAGAUACCUUGGCUCGACAAUAGGUUUCUUUUUUUGGAUCAACAUUUUAAGAGCUUGUAGCCUGACAGUAAAGCAAUGGAGGAGCUAUCUAAUGGAGCAUCUAUCAAGGUUCGCGGCACGAGUUGGCAGCGCAGCUUGUCAGUGUUGUGUUUGAUUGGUUGGCCAUAUUUUUUUCUGAUUGAUCCGAUUUGCUCAGCAAUGACGAGUAGAUUUCAUUAUCUUUUGUCAUCUAUUGUAGCCAACAUGGAGUAUAUUCUAAUCUCACCAUUCUGCUA